AUGAACUUGUUCAGCCAUGAUGAAAUUAAUUUAUUGGAGGUAUCCUAAUAGAGGAUUGCUAGGCAGCAUAAGAUGGAAAGUUAGAAUUCAUAAAAAAUCAGUUAACGUCUUUGACAUCUAGACAAUUAUAGGAUGCUUGUAAGAAAACAGAUUAUUAUGGCAGAAAUGCAUUACAUUAUGUACAUGAACCACUAUAUUAGGCUGCAUACCGAGGACAUUACAAUGUAGUUGAAUACUUUCUUGAUUUAUAAUGCAUAAAUAUUAACUCAUCAGAUAAUAAGGGUAAAGUUUCAUAAACUAUUAUUGAGGUAACACAGCAUUAAUGCUUGUCUGUGUUCGUGGGUAUAAUUCAGAUAUAAACACUUUGAAGGAUGGUUAGAAAUUUGCUAUAUGUUCUUUAUUAAUUGAAAGAGGAGCAUCAGUUGAAAAAUAUAAGAAAUCAGGAAUAAAUAAUCCAUUGCAUUGGGCUUGUUUCUUUGGAGAUUUAAAAACAACUAAAUUAUUGAUGUACAUAGAACCAAGUUUAAGUAAUCAUAUUAAUUAAUUUAUAGUGUUAUUUACUAAUGAUAGAGAUUAGUUUCCAAUUGAUUUAUCCCUUAUGACAGGUAAAGAAUUGGAUGAUAGAGAAGAAGAUGAAAAAGUUUUGGAAUAUAUGAUAAUGAAAUUUUUGGCUUAAUAUCUUGAUAAUGAAGAACAUAGAAAGAAAUUAGAUAUUCCUGAUGAAGAAUAUGAAACAUUUAAAAAAUUAAAUAAACAUUCACUAAAUCUUAAAUCCACUAAGUAAUUAGCUCAGGUUGGUCUGAGAUAUUUGUUUUGGGCAAGUACUUAGGGUAGAUUGGAUCUUGUAAAACCUUUAUUAAAAUGUAAAUAUUCACCUUUUGAACCAUCAUAUAAGGGAAGAAAUGCUCUUCAUGCUGCUGUCUAUCAUAAUAGAUUAGAAUUAGUAGUAUUUUAUUUAGAAUCAGAAGAAUCCAAGAUAUUUCGAAUUGAUAAUGUAAUCAAUCUUAUGACAAAAGAUAAACCUUAAACUGCUUUACAUAUAGCAGUUGAGAGAGGUCAUAUAGAAAUAGCUAAAAUAUUAAUAAAAAAAGGAGCAGAUCCAAAUUAUUAUAAUUUUAGAAAUCAUAGAGCUUUUGAUUAAUCUAGAUUAAAUGAAAUAAAAUAACUUAAGAGAGAACUUUUCCAUAAUGAUGAAAAGAAUUAUUUAAGGUCUGGAUACAAUCAUAUAUUAGUUGGUUGGUAAAAGAGUAAAAAUUAAUUAUUGGAAUAAUAAUUUAAUAAUAUUUAAAUUAAAAAGAAUAUUGAAAAAGGAUAAUUUAAAUAUAUUUCUUAUGAAUCUAUUGAUAAAAAAUAUACAUAUUAUUGUUUAAAGGUUGAUGAAAGACUUAAAAAUGUAGUAGCUGAUGAGAAUAAGAUGAUGAUUUAUAAUUCAAGAGAAGGAUAUUUGUCUCCUUUUAAUUUAAAUAUCUAAGAUUAAUUUGAAAACUUUCAUCAUAUCCAUAAUUAAUAAAUCCUUCUUACUUUAUUAUAUGAUGAAUUUGAUAUUGAAUAAUUUAUAAGUGAUGGAUUACUUUUAGAACAGUUUCCUGUUCAUGAUGAAGAAGAAAAAGAAUUAAUCAUUAAAUUUUGGAAAAAUGAAAGAAUAAAUAUCUUAUUUGAACCAUUUUAAUUAAAAAAAUCAAGAAGUCGUACUUUUAGUGCCUUAUCAUCCUAUUUUGGACCAGAAAUAGGAUUUUUUUUCGUAUUUUUAUGCUUUUUUUCUACUUGGUUAUUUUUACCAGCAGUACCAGGAUUAGUCUUAGGAAUAUAUUCAUUUAUUGAUGAAGAAGCCAUUUUAGCAGUUUCUCCAAUCUACACUUUAUGUAUGGCUGUUUGGGCUACUAUCUUUUUUGAAUUUUGGAAGAGAAAAUAAAGUGAAACUAUGUAUAAUUUUGAUAUGCAUGUUACUAAAGAAUAAAGAAGAAAUAUCCCUUAAUAUAAAGGAUCAUUCAUAAUAGAAGAUGUUACACAUACAAUUGAAAUAAUGGAUACAAGAAAUGUAUAAUGGAAAUACUUUAAAUCAAAUACUCCUUUAGUAAUUUUAGCAAUAAUUUUAAUUGCUGGAUAAUAAACAGGGUAUUAUUAUCUAAAAUAAGUAUAUGAAGAUGACGAGUUUUAUUAAACUCUUUGGCCUUGUCUUUUAGCUUUCACAGUAUUAAUUACUAAUGAAAUUUUUAAUUUCUUUGCUAAACACACAUUAAUUUAUGAAAAUCAUCAAUUCCAAGAUGAAAGAGAAAAUGUUUACAUCUUAAAAGUAUUUGCUUUCACUUUUCUUAAUUCUUUUGGUCGUCUUUUUUAUAGAAGUAUAAUAAAACCUGAUAAAGAUGAAUUACAUCUUUUCAGCAUCUCCUUUACAAUAAUAUGGUCUGUUGUUCAUCUUAUUAGGUAUACUAUUUAUCCAUGGAUAUCUUUUACAUUCAUUAAAUUAAAAUUCAAUAGGGAUUUCAAUAAAUAUAAAUAAUAAAACAAUAAAUCAAUCAACACACUAUAAAAAAUAGGAGAUACAGAAACAAGUGGAAUCAAUAAAUCAUUUGAUAAGGGAAUAUCUUCUUCAUAUUUCCUUUAACAAAUUGAAUUAAAUAAAAGGAUGAUAGAUCCACCAGAUCAUGUUGAAUAAUUCACUUAUUUUGUAAUUUUAAUAUCAAUAUUUAGAUGACAUAAUUUUGUAUGGUUACAAUGUUUAGUGCAGGUUCCUAAAUAAUACCAAUCAUUACACUUUUUUUUAAUUUAUUAAAUAUAGAAGGAUUAUUGUAUGGAUAUAGAAAGUUUGUCAAGAGACCUUUAGCAGAACCAAAAAAAAAUAUAGGAGUAUGGAAUGACAUUUUAUAAUUAAUUGGCUAUAUUGGUAUUGUUUCAAAUUGUUUAACUAUAUACCAAGCUAAUUAGUCAUAGUUAAAUUACUUGGUAGGAGCUGAUGAUAGUUCUGAUCAAGAUUAAACUAAUGUAAUUUAUAACUAAUAAUAGCUCGGAUUGAGAAACUUUUUAUUAUUAAUUGUUGCUGAACAUAUAGUUAUUGGAAUCAAGUUUGUAAUCGAAGGAGUGAUUCCAGAUGAGCCUGAAUGGGUUGAAUUAAUUUUGAAAAAAGAAGAAUAUCUAUCAGAAAAGAAUAAAUCUAAUGGCAAAAAGAAUGAUUCAUAAAUUAAAGCCUUAGAAAAUAAAGUCAAAAAAGAUUGA